CCUCUCUUAUCUAGCAUGGCUCUGUUCCCACAGAAAAGCUACUCCUGUGUUAUGAUCUGCAGGAGGAAUUUCAGGAUAUGUCUAUACUGCAAUUAAAAACCGGUGGUUGGCCUCUGCCACUGACUCCGGCUUUCAAGGCAUGGGCUAAAGGGCUGUUUAACUGGUGUCGAUGCUCAGGCUGGAGCCUGGGUGCUAGGAUUCUGCAAGGUGGGAGGGUCCCGGAGCUUGAGCUGCAGCACAAGCCUGAAUAUCAACACCAUAAUCCCUUAGCCUGAGCCCCAGUUAGCUGGCAUGGGCCAGUGGCAGGUUUUAAUUUCAGUGAAUACAUACCCUCAAUGAGUAAAAUCUAGCCUUAUGGCCAAGGCCUUUGACUGGGACUCAAGGACUCUAGGUUCAAUUCUCUGGCUCUGUCACAGUCUCCAUGUAACCCUGGGCAAGUCACUUUCUCUCUCUCUAUUCCUCAGCUUCCUAGCUGUAAAGUGGGGAUAAUAGUAUCUUUCUCCUUGUGGACAUCUGAUCUUGGUUCAGUCCUCUCUACAUUCUUCUAAUGUAGAAUUAUGGAGGCUCCAUAAUUAGGGUUGGGUUCUAAAUUAAGGCAUAAAUUCCUAUGGUUUUUUUUAAGUAGGUGGCCAGUUGGUAAGAAGUUUAUUAUUUUAAGCUUGCCAGUGGUGGAAAUGGUAAUAUUGAAUCUGUGGGGAAAGCCUUGUGGGGAAAUUCCACAAAGAACAUUUUAUCUGGGCCAGUAACUGAACUUGUAAGUUGAAAUCCCUACAAGGACUGUCUAGUUGCAGUUUCUGAUUCCUGAGAUCGAAGGGGAGUACUGCCUAUUGCCUACUGGCUAUUGCCUCUUGUAUGAAGUAUUACUUCCAUGCGAUUGAGAUGUGAGGUUUAUGGGAUGCGAUUUGGAGUCCUGUCUUCCAACCCCUCGGGGGGGAUGACCGUGGGGAUGAGUGUGACGGAAUGCACCCCUGUAUUCACAGCCUAUGCACCAUUGUACAAAAUAUGCCUUGUGAGGUAUCAUAUGAAAAUUAAUAACUCACUGGUCAGUAAUAUCACAGAGAAAUUUGUGUAGCAACAUUAUAUGUAAAGUUUAAACAUAAGCUGAAGUCAUGACUGAAGUGUGUUUACCAGAUAAGUCUGGGAGUGGGUAAACUUGUUUCUCAAAGACAAAGGACAAGCUGACAGCUCUGGCCAGGUGUCAUCAAAGCUGAUGGGCCAUCACCUAUCAAGUGGCCAUUCUUUGGCAGGGAAGAGAAGUGGGGCAGGAGCAAACAUAUCUGCAUUUUAGCAAACAGCCACCAGCAGUUCUUUCACCACCAGACUCCUUGACUCCAGACUCACAGUGGGAAUGAACUUUAUCUAGGGGUAACCCCAGGGCUGUCCCUACCCAUACACAAAGUACGCAGCUGCGUAGGGCACAAUUUCCUGCUGCCCUGCGCAGUUGCGUGCUGCUCCAGCCCCUUUCCCGCUCCAUCCCUGCCCCCACUCCCCUGAGGACUGAAGCGGGACCGGGCCUGCACUCACCGGUGACAGGAAGCACUCACCGGCCUGCACUCACCAGCGACCUGGCCCUAACUGUGCUGCUGGUGAGUGCUGGGCGGUGCUUCCCACCUGCCCCUCAAGCCAGCCCCAUCCCCUCUGCAGGGAGGCUGGGUAGGGCCCCAGAAUAGCUAGGGACGGUCUUGGGUAACCCUCCGGAAAAUGGAUUUCAAAAGGGGACUGAACUAAAAAAAGUGAGGGGUGGGACACCAAGUUCUCUCAUCCUAUUCGUCUCUUGCUCCUUCAUGUGAGAAGACAAAAGAAACCAGCCCAUUUGACUUUGGGAGAGAUCCUGACCUGAAAUCUGGUCACCUUUGUUGCUGGGACCAUGGGCUUCCAGGAGAUUUGAGCCUGGUUGGAACACACAGGGUGCUGUCCAGACCUUGAGAGGUCGUCUGGUGCCUAAUUGGCCAAGUCCCUCCUCUCAGCAAUAAAGGCAAAAUGUCCGCGAGUCCUGUGGCCUUGGGAUAUAGUGCCUGCUCAUGAGGCCAGCAAGCCUCUCCCAGGUAGCUCUAGAGGUGGCCGUGAAAGGUAAGGAACAUGUUUCCUUCGCACGUCUGGCAGGUGUGAUACAAAGAAAGGGACCGUUCAGCAGAGGCAUCUGACUCCCAAGUGGGGACUGACUCCCAGCAGUACUUGAAGCAGAGCAUGUGCAGUGGGCAUCUGGCACGAGAGGGGAUGGGUAGGUUUGUGCUGAGCGCUUGCUUGGGUUGCAAACCCAAGGAAACCCUUCAUGAGACAAUGCCUUGGUGCAUGUGGGUCAAGAAGCAGAAAGCAGCCUGCCAGCUGCUCUGAAAGGCUCUGGUGCUGCCUUUCAUUUGAACCACCGAGGCAGGGGGUAGGAAGCGAGUUCUGGAGGGGGCUGCAGCCUGGGGCAGGAGGAGCGUGAGUGUGGAGGAGAGAGCCCUCAAAGCGCUCAAAGAUCAAACGUAGCCUUCACAAUUCUCUGGAGAAAGAGGUUCUCGCUUGUGCUCGCUGACCUUGUUAACUUGUUCCCCUGUGCUCCCCACAUCACUCCCCGCUUCUGUCUGUGUCUGGCUCCAGCCUUGUCUGCCUUGGGGGUUCACCCUGGAGCUGCUCAGCCCUUGUGAGAGCUGGGGCAGAAGGACUAGCUGUGCUGCGGGUGCCCAUCUAGCUGAGAAAAGUUGUAACUUGAGAGAUUUUAUAGGCAGGGUGAGCUCCCCAAAUACCCAUGUCCCUCCCAUUAUGCAUCAGGCAAAUUGGAGUGUGCCAGUCAGUUCCCAAAGGAGUUUCUUUGGGGAGGGGGAGGGGGAGGGAGUUGUAGAUUCAUUGGGUCAUUGCUCUCUCACCAGGUAAUGGCAUGUUUGCCUAGCUCAAAGUUAGCCACACCUCUGAUUUUUGUGAUACAGGGAACUCUUGUCCACACAGUAUCAGUGAAAUUUACUGGGGCAGAAAAGGAAUGAUCUCCCUAUAAAUCUUGGCAAUUCACCCCUGGAAGAUCAAGGACACGACUUAUCUUUAAGCGCUGUCAGCACUUUCAGAUCUCCUGUCAUUUCCGUGAAUCAUAAUCAGAAGUUUCAAGCUGCUUAUUUACUUUUUCAGUCUGUGCAGGAAGUCUGAGCUAAAAUAGGUGGAGAGAUGGGAUUAUAAUUGCCAUGGUGAGUCUGAGUUCCUGCUGCCUGCUCUGGGUGUGGAGAGAUUUUUUUUUUUUUGGCGUUGGUGCGGCUGUACCUGGCCUGGGAAGGCGAAUCCUGUCUUCGAAGAGUGUUGCCAGGAGCGUUGAUGUGCCAGAGCCGCGGCCAUGCUGCAGCAGAUCCUGGCAGACAUGUACAUCGAUCCUGAGCUGCUGGCAGAGCUCAGCGAGGAGCAAAAACAGAUCCUCUUCCUCAAGAUGAGGCAGGAGCAGGUCAGACAGUGGAAGGAGAGAGAAGCUGCCGCAGACAGGAACUCAGAAAAGAAAGUGAUCCACAGGAAAGUGCAUGGGAAGUCGGUGAAGUGGAAGCUCGGUGCCGACAGCGAAGUCUGGGUCUGGGUCAUGGGCGAGCAUAAGUCGGAUAAGCCUUAUGAUGUGAUCUGCGAAGAAAUUCAGGCACAGAGGGCUCAGCAGCAGCAGGAAGCAGGGGAAGCCAGAGGAAGUCAAACAUUCCUUGAACGGGCUGUGCCAUGGUCCCUGCAUUCUCAGCCAGCAGCCCUGGGCGGGGCAGAUGCCAAAAGGAGGGAGGAAAAAACUGGACAGAGGGAGCAGGAAGAUGUGAUAACAGCUGCUAAAAAGGAGAGAAGCUGGGAUCCUGCUCAGGCUGCUCCCAGUAAAGGCAGAGAUGUGCACCAGAUGUUGGCAGAUUCCAAGGCUCAGACAAGGAAGUACGACUUUCAGCAGGGGAAGGAAAAUGCAAGGAGGAAGCCCGGAGGGAUAAGAACAGCUGCAGAGAGGGCACUGCACACUGACACCAACCGGAAGGAGGCCCAGGAGUCAGGGCAGAAAUCGGAUAAGGAUGAUCCCGAGUGGCAGGAAUCCUUGAGGAAAUCCAAAGCUGCUGAUGAGAGGAGACGCUCCAUUGCAAAGCAGGCCAGGGAGGACUACAACAGGCUGUCGUUGCAAGGGAUCCGCAAAGGGAAGGUAGCUGAAGUUUCCAAGACUUUUGGGAGCAAGGGGCACAGCUUGCCCCCCCGUCCUGCCCUUCCACCCAAGCCCAAAACCCUAAAUUCUGGGGUAGCAAAUGGGAGGCCCAACAGGAAUCCGGGCGUGCAGAGGACCAUCUCCACUUCCACCCAGGAGAGCAUCGUCAGGUGGUUUAAAGAAGAGCAGUUACCUCUUCGGGCGGGUUAUGAGAAAUCCACGGACAGGAUAGCACCCUGGUUCCAUGGUAUCGUAACCCUACGGCAAGCAGAGGAGCUGCUGAGCAAAUCGGUGCUCGGGAGCUUUCUGGUCCGGGUCAGUGAAAAAAUCAAAGGCUACGCACUCUCCUAUCUGUCCCCGGAGGGCUGUAAGCACUUUCUAAUAGACGCCUCCAGCAACUCCUACAGCUUCCUGGGGGUGGACAAGUUGCAGCAUUCGACGCUGGCCGACCUUGUCAACUACCACAAGGAGGAGCCCAUCACUUCUUUGGGGAAGGAGCUGCUACUUUACCCAUGUGGCCAACAGGGCCUGGAACCUGACUACCUUGAUCUCUUUGAGUGAAAGCCUCCGUUCCCACCUUGUGACACACACCUGUGCCUUCCCCGAAUGAACAGAUGAAUUGUUAUCCGAGAGACGGACCCCCGAAUGCCCAGCCAGCACCGAUCAAGUGAAAUACUCCGCACAAGUGUCUGUAUUUGAAAAUGUUUAGCAGCAAAGCAGGGAAAGGGCAAUUACUGCUGGGAGCUGCUCUCUGUUAGCAGCAUCAGGCUGCAGCAUUCAGCAGCCUAGCAAGCCAUGAAGGAGCGCUGGCGGCUUCAACCUUACUGGAGUAGGGUUAGCUCAGGAAGAUACUGCCAUGUGUUAGUGACAGUUGGCGUAAAUGGGCUGUCUCUGAUUAAGCUGUAUUUUGCCCUCAGCUAUUGCAGCAUAAAUUGCCAUUAAAUAUGAUGUUGUGGGAUGUUUGCCAGAUGUGCAGUGAAAUUGGUAUUUUAAACUCCAAAAGGGGUCAUCUCUGUUCAAAGAGGGUGGAGCCACAUCAAGGAGGGGACUUGGCCCCCUAGGGGUAAGUUGCAUAAUUGCAGCUCAGUCCUGCAAGGGGCUGAGUCCUCUGGAGUCAGUGGGAGUAGCGGUCGCUCAAUGUGCUGCAGGAUGGGGUCCAUCAUAAAAUCCACCCCAUGCAGAGGGGCCAGCACAAGACCUCUGCAGUGCCUGAACCCACAUAAGCCCUGAAGGUAGGGCCCCCGUGGGGCUUACUCAGUGAUGCUAAGCUUUGUGCUGGCUCUUCUUCACAGGGGGAAGAAUGAUGUCCUUUGGAGAUGGGAGGGAAACAGCAAGUUUGUUAAAUAAAGAAACCAAGUUGGAAUCUGGCUGAGAAGUUUUAAUUCUUGCACACAGAGCCUGGGCUAUUUUACAUCCAACCUCCUGGGCAGCCUUUUACUGUUAGUAUUACUCAAGUCUAAUGUGGACAUGAAUAAUGAGAAAUGCCUGCCAAUAAAGUACCCGGGCUCCUUUC